UGCACCAGUCUUGAGAAGAUACCAACCACUUCAGCAGCCAGGCUACAGGUGCCUACAGGGCAGGUCGCAAAGCCCAGGUGGCAGAACGCUCAAAUACACAAGUUUAUCUUCUUUUAUGUGGAGGGAUUCUAGGCCUAAGACUAUUCUAGGAAGCUCCUGAAGUCACCCUUAGGGUCAGGAAGGAAGGGAAGGAAAAUCAGGCACUGUUUUGCCCUUUUCCACUUUUGCUGGGAUCUUUUUCCGCACUUUUGUUCCAGGGAGAGUCUAUGUCAUCUCUAUCUUAGGCAGAAGCAUCCCACAAAGGGAAAAGAGGCGGGGAAAUUCUGCUGAUGGAUGCAUCCGCACAAAGCAGCACGUUUUCCUAGCAAAGCUCUGGAGAGAAGGAAGAAUCUGCGCUCAGCUCAGCAUUUGACUGAUAUUCAAGUGCACACCAAGCAGCGCUCCAGCCUGCUUUGGGUCAGAACAAGCCUAUUCGAACCAGAAACGUGUGAAGGGGACAGUGCGGUGCUGGCCGCACACACUGAGAGAAGCGGAGACGCUGGAGCCGCGAGUUAGGAAAUGUAACCCUGGCGACCCCCUAAAAGCCCCACUUCCCUGCUCCUGCUCUACCUGCUUGCCAAGCGCUGAGCCGCCAGCCCGGGCGAUGACUAGCCCUGCGCCCUUAGUGGCCUCCAUCAGCCACCAAAUGGUGGCUCUACAGACCCUGCAGCUGCUGCAGCAGGAGUGGGACUGGGUGGACGGUCCCGGAGCUCCGGGGAGCCUGCGAGACCAGGACCACGUGCCCGCCUCUGCGAUGCGGGCUCUCCCGCGGCCAGAAGGCGAGGAGGAGGACAGAGGCGUGGGGGCCAGGAAUGUGAGUGCCCGGGAGUGGGCGUGUUGCCCCGAGGUGGAGGGGGUGCAGGGCGCCCAGGGCGGGGCGGAGCUGCUGCCCUUUCCCCGCGAUCGCGGGCCCUGCACCCUGGCGAGCAGGGCAAUGCGCAGCGCUCUGGCCCGAGUGGUGGACUCCACCUCCGAGUUGGUCAGCGUAGAGCGCACGCUGCUGGGGCCCCUCCAGCAGGAGCGAUCCUUCCCCAUCCACCUGAAGGACAGUGUUGAAUUUAGAAACAUCUGCAGUCAUUUGGCUCUGCAAAUGGAAGGACAGCAGUUUGACAGAGACUUGAAUGCUGCUCACCAAUGUUUGAAGACGAUAGUCAAGAAGCUGAUUCAGUCACUUGCUAAUCUUCCUUCAGAUGCCCACCUGGUUGCCUGCGCUUCCUUGAGACAGAUCUUACAGAAUCUCCCAGAUACGUGAUGGUUAAAAGCAUCAGAAUGUAGGUCACCGUGUUAAGAGAACUGGAUUCAUUAUCUUCCUAACUUCAUCAGCAGACAAUGGUGAUUUUUAUUUCUAUCAAGCACACUUGUAGUAGUGUGUCAGUGGUAGUCUGUAGCCUUUACAAUUAUGGCAUGUUAGUGAAAAAAUUUUAAAGCUCUAUUUCACAUUUAAAUAUGCUGACCUACUUGCUACUUCAAUUGAAACAUAUUUCAUUUUGUGAAACUGAUUGGAUUACAUGCAUAUGUAUUUAUUAAUUCGUGUGUUAGUUUUCACCAAAUGAUACCUUAUUCUGCAUUCAUAUUAAUGUGCGCUAUAGGGUUUAAGAUUAUUUAUAUUAAGAUCCAUGGAAUUUAAAAUUAUCUUGAAUAAAUAGAUUCAAUAAAUAGGGUGUGUUCUACUUGCUGGGCACUUCACUUUUGGUUAUGAGAAUAAGUUUUAAUUAUAGGACCAUGUGAGUCAGUACAGUAAUCAUGAGUUCCGAUCCUGGCAUUAAUAUAUAACUUACUGUUGGAAAGGAAGCACUGGUUCUAAACUUUGUGCUUUCGUAUCCUGACUUUUAAACUUCCAGUGAUGAACUCUGAAGCACUAGGGCCACAUGAUAUGUAAAUACAAAACAUAAUAUUAUUAGUCUUAUAGAAACAUCCAGCUCUUCUUAUUGUUUGUAACUAUUCUGAUUGAAGCGGGACAUCCUUAUGAAAAAAGGAGUGUAAGUGUAAUGGCAGGUUUCCCUGACCAUUUAGACACUGAGGAUUUGAAGAGAGAGGGUGACUUGUUUUUUUUGUUAGCAAAAACAAUCUGUACAUACUUAGAAAACCUAAGCUCCCUCUUGUUCAAUGAUGACUGUAUGAGAACAAAAGUAAGGUGCAGGGCUUGUUCUCUAUCAAAGAUUAAAGAGAAGCAGCAUUGGAUUAGAAAGAAAAGAUUACAGUGUAUGUGUACAGCUUGUUUCCUAAAAGCAUUGUGAACUGGGCUCAUGUGGUGAGUGUACCCCUAUCUUAAAAAAGAAGUGCUUAUAGUAGUCAAAGCCUUUUUAAUUCCACCUAUCCCAAUCCUAGUUGGUUCCAAAUGUUUUCUUCUAGCAUAUGAGAAUGAAAGGUUUUCUCCUUCAGUGUAACUAUUUCCACAGAAAAGAAUGUGAGAAAUAUGAAGCUAAAUUCUGAAGGAAAGAGGGACGUUUUGUUGAACAUGUGCAUGAUGGCAUCUCUUGGAAGGCAAGAAGGAAGACAUUUAUUUCUAGGGAACACUCUUGACUAAUGAUCUUUUCUCAAUUCUAAGAGAGAUUUUAUUUGGGUUCGGGGUAUGACUUUGUUUUAGGAGGAGGCUUUUCCCCCCCAAGAGCACUUACCCCAGUGCUCUCUUAAAGACUCAUCAGUAUGCACGUCUGCCUUCCCCACUGUAAUUAAUAAUUCUCCCAAUUUUAAGGGUUUUUUUUUUUGCAGUGGGGAGGGGGUAUUCUUACCCUGAGACAUUGAACAUUUUUGGCUUUUCUAUCAUUGCUUAUGCUUUUUCUUAACUUUGAAUGAUGUCUUUUGCAUGUAAUUAAAAUCUUCCUCAUUCUUCAAGGCCAGAUUUACCUGCCACCAGAUAUGAACCCUUCUGGACUAUCCUAAUAAGAGGUGAAUUUUUCUUCACCUUAACUUUCACAGAGCACAUUUGGAGCUACUUCUCUAGUAUUUGUGUUAUACCAUCUUUGUAGCACUUGGUUAUUGGGGCCUCUGCCAAGAAUAUCAGUUUGUGCAGGCAAGAAAUUUUCUAGACCUCUUCGUGUGGUUCAUAGCACAUACAGCUCUAAAAGUUUUUGAUGCUAUUAGAACAGUCCAUUGGCCCUCCCAUCAUUUUACAACUCCUCCCCAUUUUAAUUUUUAUGUAUUGUCACAGAGUGAAUCUGUACAGUCAUUUCAUUGUACAUGCCACGAAUACCCUCUGCCUCUUUCCCAGGACCCUCAGUCUUCCCCAUUAGCCCUGUGUUGUUUCGUAGAUUUGUGAUAUGCAAUAUGGUAGGCAAUGGCCAUAUAUGACUAUUCAUAUUUGAAAUGUAGCUUGUUUGAAUUGAGAUACUCUUAAAACAUAAAAAGCACACUGGCUUUUGAAAACAGUACUAAAAUUAAAAAAAAAAAACUUUAACUAUCUAAAUGUACCUCAUUCUUUUUACUUUCACUAUGCCUACUAGAAAAUUUUAAAUUCUGUAGGUAAGAUGCAUUAUAUUUCAGUGGGACAGUGCUGUUCUAGAAAAUUCAUUACACAAUAUAUACUGCUGUCUUUGACAAUUCACUCUGAAUGUUGUUCUAAACCUUCUCAAACUUAACCCUAAACUGCCCUCCCCAUUUUCAAUUGAUGACUUUGCCUCUAAUUGCAGAGGAUGAUGAAAGCCAUCAGAAAGCAUGUGGAUCAUCUCAGUAGCAGGUCCGCCAGCUUUGCAUGUGCACCUGUAUGUUUUGAGUUCCUUUCAGUUUUAAGGAGGACCUGCCCUCCUCCCACCUGAGGCUGGCCAGUCAUUCAGGUCCUAGAUCCUGUCCUUUUUCACUCACUCAUUGACUGCCCUUUGCAGUCUAUCCCUUGUGUGCAUCAUCAUCUUUUGCUUCUCAGGAACAUUUUCCUAGCAUGAUAUUAUGGUGUAGUGUGUCUCGUAUUUUCACUCCCUUAAUAGUAAAGCUCAUUGCAAUAAUUUUCCAACUCAAUUGUCAACAUAUAAUUUUUCCUUGUCUCUUCUUAACUCAUUCUAAGUGAAAAUUGUUCCCACAACUGCUCUUGUCAAGACGUCCAAUGAUUCCUUCACUAACAAGUUAAAUGAAAAAUCUCAACUUUCAUCUUUUUUGAUCUACCAGCAACUUUGGACACAGUUGAUUACUCAUUUCACAAAUCAUCUUCUAUGUUUCCAAGUUAAUAGACGUUCAUGGUUUUAGGUUUUCACUGGAUUCCUCCAUAUACCUUUUUUUUGUCUGUCCAAAUCUCCUGAUUUCUUGAUUUUGGGGUGUUCCAGGAGUCACUUUUGACCCUUAAUUUACACUUACUCCCUGGUGAUUUUAAAUGCCAGUCAUUAAUCAUUGACACCUGUCUUCUGAUUUAAUCUCUAGAUUUCUGUGUCCAACUGACUUUAGACUAUUUCUGCUUGGAUAUUUAAAAGGCAUUUCAAAUUUCAAAAUGGAAUUCUUGAUUCCCUAAUCUGCUUCUCUCCAUCUCCCAAAUCUCAUUUGGCUGUGACUACUACCUUUCUGGUAACAUUAUAAAAAGUUCUUAGAUUCUUCCUUCAAUGCUGUGGUACUCUUGCCUGUACUCAUAAAAUCAACAAAUCCUAUUGGCUUAACCUUCAAAAUAUGUCUCAAAUCAAAUAAUUUCUUAAUACUUCUAUGACUACUGCCAUAGUCCUAGGUACAGUUAACCUUUGCCUAGAUUGUUGUAGUAUCCCAAAAUAGUUAUGCUACCUCAGUGCCCCCUUUCUACCAUCUCUUCCUCACACAUCAGCCAUAGUAGUAGAAGUCAGUUCAGUUAGAAAUAUUUUUAUCUUUAAGCCAUCAAUGACUUAUUUUUAUUAAAAUAAAAUUCAGAUUCUGCCCAUGCCCUACUACACUUCUAUUCUAAAAUGCAUGUUUCUUUGUCAUCUUUAUCUCUUCAAAUAUAACAUCUGCAUAAGGGCUUUUGUACUUCCUCUUCCUUCUACUGAAGGAUUUUAUUCUCAUCUACUUCAAGUAGGUCUCUGCAGUCUGUCACCCAUUAAAAAGCCUCCUCGUCUCCUUAACAAAAAUAGCAUCUCUGUCACUCUCUUUCCUGCUUUUCCCCUCAUUGUUCUUGUAAUCAUCUGAAUUUAUUGGAUUUCUAUAGUAUUUGUCAUCACCGUAAGUUGUGGGCCUCAAGAGAAGUGUUCAUGUUAUAACAAGGGAUGCUGUGGCAAUUCUGUAUGGUUAAAAAAGUGAAUAUUACCUUAGAUGGUGAAAGAGAUGAUUAUCUUAAGGAUAUUGUGCUGAGACUGUCUGUGUUUAUUUGGGUGGGGACUUUAAAUGCUGCCACACAUGUCCUAUAAAGAAGAGGCAGAAGCAGACACCAUAGGCAGAAGAAGAGAAAGUAAUGUGUUCGUGGAGGCAGAGGGUGAAGUGAUAUACCCAUAAGUCAAGGAAUGCUGAUAACAAUUAAAAUCUAGGUAAGACCAAGACUGAUGUAUUUUCUAAAGACCCCAAAGGGAAUGCUACCUCUGCCUUGAGACAACUUGAUUUUGGACUUCCGCCCUCCAGAACUGUGACAUAAUAUAUCUCUGUUGUUUAAGACACCCAGUUUGUGUAAUUUAUGAUAGUCGCCACAGGACCCUCAUCCAUGUUGUGACCCAAAACCAUGGUGUGUAUUCAGAUUUUUAAAAAAAGGUUUUACAGUAAAGGACACAUCGUUAUUAAUCUCUCUCGGAAUACUUUCCUUCACUCAAAUACACUCAUCACAUCAUUCUUGCUAAUUUUUGAAGCAGUUGUUGGAGUUAUUUUUCAUGAGUUAGUUCUGCAGUCAUAGUUUUGCUUAUGUCCUGACUUGGUUAAAAACAUUGCUUUUACGUUUGUCUGGACUUUGGAGGAGAGUCAACAGGAAGCUGCGUGGCACCAGCUCUGGUGAAUAAGGUGGAGGAAGAUGUACCACCCUGUUUUUAGACGUUGUCUUUCUGUUAGAUGGCACUUGGCUGCAGUAUUCACCAUAUUUUUAAUCAUGCCUUGUAAAUACACUCAUGAAAGAUUUCUAGAACUACUUCAGAAAGUGGAGGGAAAUAUUUUGACGGAGAUUAAUAGUAAUAUGUCUUUUAUUGUAAUAGUUUAAAAUUUAAACAUUCAUUAUGCUUGUUUAAUACACCUUGAACACUUGCCUUUCCUUGGUAGAAUGUAAGUACUAGGGAUGUUAUUCAUGGCUGUGUUCCAUGCUUGGCACAGAGUAGCCGCUCAAUAAAUAUUUGAUGAAUGAAGAUGUACAAAUCAUGUGGUUAGUCAAUUAGCCAUUUUUUAAUAAAAUGUUGUGGUGUCUCCAGAAGUUCUCCAAAUCUUAUGUAUUUGAAAAAUAUCUGAAUUCAAAGAAAAAGUGAAAAAGAUAAUUUUAAGGGCUAAAUUUAAUUAGGUGUUGAAUUACAAUACAAUCGUGUAGCAAUCAGUUGUAAGUGGCUAAUAGUCCUGGUCAUCCUAACAAUUAGUGGGCUGUCCUGAAGAAUUAUCCUUUACCCUCAAUUUUCCUGUGCCAUUCUUUUUCUCUUCUCCCAUACCUUAAAGUCAGCCUGUAUGUUUUCUAAAUGUGAGACCAUACAAUAACUUGAGCAAUAUGCGACACUUUCAUGAAGACAGGUUGUGGGUAUCUUUUCUUAAUUCUGAAGCAAAUGGGUCAUCUGGUAUUUUGUCCACUGAACUGCCUCGAGUAUUUCACUCUGCCAGUUUGUGGAUGGUACAAACACAUUUGCUGAUGGGUCUAAAGAAAGGACCUUACUGGAGCCUUCCUAAAUAAAGCUGAAUAACUGAGUGACAAAGUGGUAUCCAUGCCCCUUCCGUGAUCCUUUGACACCUUCCUUGCUGCCUUCUCUACUUUUCUGCAAGCUCUUAGCACUCUAAAGUCCACCUAUUUCUACAUUUUUAACUGUCUGCCUUAUUCUUCAAGUUCCCUUGGGUGUGUUCCAUUUUUUUUCAUUUUCAUUAACAGCUUUCUUCCUCUGCUUAAACGCUGUUGCACUUCUAAGUGAUACAGUUUCUUCCCGAAGUGAAUUAAUUUCCUUGAUUUAAAUGAAGGCCUUUGGAGGGUAGGAAACUACUUAGGAGGGUAGGAAACUACCAACAACAGACAGAACAUUGGACUGCAAGAAACAAGCCUUUCACAUCUUAAAAUCCUCCUCCAACAGUUGGCUGUAUUUUCAAUUUUUCUUCAUGCACCAGUGCCAGAACCUUAUGCGGUAAAUCUAUCUGAGAUGACUAUAAAUUCUGUGGAUCCAUAAAUUUCAAGACACAUUUAAUUCAGCAAAACUUCAGCUAAGAUGUGUUCUGUAUCAUCUGGGUAUCCUCGUCAGGGAUCCGAGUGCUCCAUUCAACAGCCAAAAAAUUACUACAGACAGUCCUGGUUUCACUUAACUGUGUAUCAGGAUCAAAGGUCUAGACCAUCAUAGCCCUGGCGUGUGUUCCAGAGGGCUUUAUCUUUGUCUCCUGUGACUUGUUUACUGCUAUGUUUAGUAGACAUAAUGCUCAAAACUGAGCUGUACUUUCUAAAUUUCUCUUCUCAUAGACAAGCUCCAUGCUCACAGUCAUAAGUUAAGAGACACUUCCAAGGCUGGCAAAAGCUUUUCCUGGCACAGAAGUACCAUUAAUGUUUUUCUCCUUGCCUGGAUAAAGACUUUGGUAAUAAUCACAGUUUCAUUUUCUUUUUCUUUAAAAAAAUUAGAAUAUGUCUAUAGAGCAUAUCAGUAUCUGGCAGAAAAGCAAAUUCCCAGUGACCCUAGGAACAAGUUGCUGCAGAAAAAUGUUGGCUUAAAUUGAUACAAAGAGGAGAGUCAGCAAAUGCCUCAUCUCCUCUGUAGUUCGCAAUGCAACUUAAGAAUACAGGAAUAUAGCACCAGCUUUGAACACUGUGUGUGUGUGUGCAUGUGUGUGUGCAUGUGUGUGUGUGUGUGUGUGUGUGUGUGUGUGUGUGUGUGUUGGGGACAGAAGAAGUAAGGAGAGGACAGGAAUUUCCUUGAACCUGAAGUUCUAAUGAAGAGACAGUGAGAUAAUUUGGAAAAUCAAUUUUCUUGAGAUAGCCACAGUCUUACUUUAAGAAUUCACCUAAUAAGUUUUGUUAGUUUUUUGAUUUGCCCACAUUGUUCCUCAAGCAUGACACUCUUCAUUCAUUAAACAUAUAAUGACUGCGAAGUGCUGAUGUGACAACUCUUUCAUUCAGAUCUCCUACUCUGUCUCUUCAUCCUUGAUCAUCUCUCAGCACCUCUCUAUCUCUUGGACCAGCUUUCACAGAUUUUUGAGCAAGGCAACAGAAGACUAUACAAGGAAUUUUGGCUUUUUGUGUACAAAUAUUUUUCUAUGCAUAAAGUUGUCAGAUGUUGUUGUCUGUCAAAUUUUCAGAUAUCCUCUUAUCUUCCUUCCAGUUUCAGGUUACAUAUUUGUUAGGCACCUAUUUCCUGUAUAGUGCAGAAUCGAACUAUAUGUGUGUUUUCCAGGAAAAAUGUUCACAUUCACAACGGAAGAAUAGUCGAACCCAGAGAAAAUAUAAAUAAAGUUCUAUCAGUC